CGAGGUUACCGGGCUGUGGGAACCGUUGGCGUGCUGGUCGCCGGUGUAGUCCCAGGCGCCCGAGAGGAGGACGAGGAGGGUAAGCCUCGGAUAGCGCCCCGUAGCGUGUCCAUAGUUUGAUACCCCUAAAAUGUGUGGGCAUGAACAUGGCAGAAGGGGACACCCUGAUAUCAGUGGAUUAUGAAAUUUUUGGGAAGGUCCAAGGGGUGUUUUUCCGCAAGUACACUCAGGCUGAGGGUAAAAAGCUGGGAUUGGUUGGCUGGGUCCAGAACACUGACCAGGGCACAGUGCAAGGACAAUUGCAAGGUCCCAUCUCCAAAGUGCGUCAUAUGCAGGAAUGGCUUGAGACAAAAGGAAGUCCCAAAUCACACAUCGACAGAGCAAACUUCAGGAAUGAGAAAGUCAUCGUAAAGUUGGAUUACUCAGAUUUCCAGAUUGUGAAAUAAUGGCCUGAAUUUAAAUUUUCUAAGAUAAACUCACCGGUUUUGUUUUUGUUGUUAAUAUAGAACUACUCUGUGUUCAGCAUUAGAAUUUGUCAGUAACUUAUGUUAGUAUCAGAUAUUUGAAUAUUACUGUAUAUUAUAUGUAUGACAGAAAGAUGACAAACUACACAAUUCUAAAUAAAUAAAAAUACAUUAGAACCUUC